AUGCUCUAUGGAGAAAUGACGGCGGCAUGGGCUGGCUCUGUGGUCUCCGUGUUCAGAAGUUUCCUAGGUGCUGCACAUGUCAGAUUCCAGCAGCUUCUGACCGCGCAACAUCUUCUCAAACGUAAACAUGACCGGUCUAAGGAGUUCAAAAUUCAAGUUGGAGGCGGUAGGUUCUACGAUCUGAGCAGCAAUGUGGCGGCCAACGUGAGGUGGUCGGGCAUCCCGGUGAAGUGGGAAAAUCACAAGCACCUUUCGGGAAGCCUUGAAUUCACUCUUCCGAAUACUCCAUCCCAUACGCAGAGAUACAAGAGAAAAAUCAGGAUGUUUUCUUUGUUUUACGGACUAUGGAAGUACAUGCUGAGCAAGGUUGAGUUUCACGUACUUAUUCUUGGAAUCGACAAGGCUGGCAAAACAACAUUACUGGAGAAAUUGAAGUCACAGUACUCCAAUAUGGAAGGCCUCCCUCCUGAUAAAAUUGUUCCAACUGUGGGACUCAAUAUUGGCCGUGUAGAAGUGUCAAACACGAAACUCAUAUUCUGGGACCUGGGAGGUCAGCCUGGUCUUCGCUCCAUUUGGGAAAAAUAUUAUGAAGAGGCACAUGCUGUGAUUUAUGUAAUUGACGCUGCUUGUCCAUCUCGUUUUGAAGAUUCAAAGUCUGCUCUUGAGAAAGUUCUUCGGCAUGAGGAUUUACAAGGAGCUCCUCUUCUGAUUUUAGCAAACAAGCAGGACCUUGAAGAUGCUGUGUCGGUCGAUGAACUCUCUCAAUAUUUGGACCUCAAGAAACUUGACGAGAGAGUUUAUACGUUCCAAGCUGUUUCAGCUAUCGAUGGACUCGGGAUUAAAGAAAGUGUUAAUUGGCUGGUGGAUUCUAUGGAAAGAAGUAAGAGAACGGAUAUGCUGAGAGUUCGUGCAGCCUCGACGCUGGAGAUUAAGGCCGUGUUUCUGCCGCCCGCCGCCAAUCACGACGCAGGAGACGACGGCGUGCCUCCGUCGUACAUCGACAACCAGUCUCGUCGGCAUCUUCCCGCUGAUAUUCUCAGAUCCGAUCGUCGUUGGCCGCAUCGAGCUCAUCUGAGGUGGUGCCGCUCCCGCAUCCUCUCCCUCAUGAGAUGCCAGAGAGUGGACCUACGAGGUAGAAGCAGACGGCUCGCUGCUCCUUCCAGAGCCUCGGUCCACGUCGCUGCGGGGGGGAUGGUGGCGGUGGGGGCAGCAGACGGCGAAUCCGGCGGUGUGGCGGUGUUGCCAGCGAACGGAUCUGAGAGGAAGCAACGAAUCUGA